CUGGUAGAUUGGUUGUAACCGUCGAUCUAUAAAAGCAGACCCUCUCUUUUCCCUUUGUCUCUCACUUGAAUGAACACACACGCCCUACUUCUCUCUUGGAAACAUGUGUGGUGGUGCUAUUAUCUCCGAUUUCGUUGCCGUCAAACGAAGCCGGCGAUGGAACGCCGAGGAUCUCUGGUCUGAGCUUGACACCUUCUCUGACUUUCUUGGUCUGGACUAUCCUAAUAAUGCUAAUAAAGACCAGAUAUCUACCCAGCUGGAUCUUAAACUCCCUGAAAAACAAAAGGAGCAACAGCUGCUCAGCCAAGUGGCCAUCGGCAGUGAGAAGUCUGAGAAGACUACCACUGCAACGGAAGGGAACAAGAGUCAGAGAAUUCGCAAGAAUAUUUACAGAGGAAUAAGGCAAAGGCCAUGGGGGAAAUGGGCUGCUGAGAUCAGAGACCCACACAAGGGUGUCCGUGUCUGGCUCGGGACUUAUAAUACAGCUGAAGAAGCCGCCCGAGCGUACGAUGAGGCAGCCAAGCGCAUCCGUGGCGACAAGGCUAAGCUCAAUUUUGGGCAGUCACCAUCCCCACCACCACCUCAAGCUACAAGUGCAUCUCCGACGGUACCACCACCAUCAAAGAAGCGGUGCCUUAUCGCUUCUGAGAUGACUGCUGCUGGCUUCCAAACCUGCAGCGUGCCAGCACCGCCACCAUACAUGGGUGUUGGCGUCGGAUACCAAAAAGAAUUGGGCAGUGAAUGUGAGCUGAAAGAACAAAUCUCAAGCCUAGAGACGUUUCUGGAAUUGGAGCCAGAGCAGAUGGUGGCUCAGCUGAGUGGAAGCAGCUGUGAGACAAGCGAGUCGGUGGACCUGUGGAUGCUGGAUGACCUGGUGAGCCAUCAUCAGAACCAGCGCCAGCUUUCUUUUUAAAGUAAAUAAUAAAUAAAGUAAAUGUGGCAAGCGGUGGUUGUGUUUAGGGUUUUAAUGGUACUGUGUUUAUGUUUGAUGCUUCCUUGUUUAAGAUGGUUUUAAUUAUAGAUUGAACUGGUUUUGCUCGAGACUAA